AUUUUGCGAGUUGAUUGUUAAGCUCGAUUUCCGCCGCUCUCUCGAGUCCACUCUACGUGAAACUACGGAGAAGGAGUGCGGGCUCCUUUCCGGAACAGCGGUUGGCAACCGAGCAUAGCUGGCUGUCAACGACAAUAGAUAUUUCCGGAUCAGAGUUUUGGAAAUUGUUGGGUAAACCUUGGUAAUCUCGAAAUUUUUUCCUGGUCAUCUUCGGAAAUUAUCAGCUUUGUAAUCUUCGGGGUUUUCCGAUGAUUCUCGAGAACCUUCGGAAUAAAUUUAUCCAUGACGAACAGUGACGAAAGAAAUUGUCCUCUCUGAACCAAUUAGACGUUAGCAAUUUUUCACGUACUAUUUCAAAAACGAGUGCGAGGGUUUCAUCAGGUUUCCAAACGCGAGAAACAUUUGAAACCACGAGGCCGCUGGCUGAAACAAUUUGAAAACGCGUCCUUUUACGAUUCCCAAACUUGUUCUUUUUACAAUCCAUUUUCAUGCUAGCCAGUGUUAGUUAUCUUACGUGAAACGAUUUCCUGUCCUUUGUUGAGAAGUUUUGAUUAAAACCCAGCCAUUAUCAUUGGCAAUCCGUUUAUCUAGGUAUACUUUUUGCUUCUUAAAAUGACUCGGAAAUUCCGGGAUAUUCGUAGCCAUGAUUUUGUCGCCGGUGGGCUUUUUCUGCCACUCUUUCACGAAGUAUUUCUUCAGGAUACGGGAAUUAUUACACCCUCUGGAAGGAAAUAACGGAUAUUGAAUCGUGUUUUUUAGUUAUGAGCGGACAAUUUAAUUACUUCGGUCGAUUAUUGCCCCCCUCGAGUUUCAUUGACGAGUUAUCAACUUUGGCUAAAUUGAUUGAGUUUUUUCUUCAAAUCUGUUCAUAACAUUUUCCUUCCACUUCUUUGAUGGUACCGCAUUUGGUAAUUAAAAAAAUAACCCUGCAUCCUAUUUCGUUCCUCAGUUGACCAGGCAAGCUCCUUAUCUGAAUGUGUUGCAAUUUAUCAAAGAGGGUAAACUGUUGAUGUGUAUUUUUGUUUUUCAUGAAAGUUUGGAAAACGGAUUGUAAAUGAUUUGAUAUGCGAAUAUUGAACUGUUAUUUAGAAGUAGUAUAGGUGAUGUAAUGUUUCAGGCUACAUAAUUUUGAAUGUUAAAACGAUAUCCGUUCUCUUUUUAUCCGUUCUCUUUUCUUGUUUAAAUUUAAAGUGUGUUAUAGUUGUCGCGUAAUGACUUGUAGUCCAUUUCUGGUGAAAUUUUGGGCGUACUUUCUUGAGAGCCAAGCUGGUAUGAAGAGAGUAAAACACUCCACAUGACAAAGGAGGCAUAUUGUCUACCUGUCUGCAACAGUUUUCAAUUCAAGUUUUGCAUUUUAAUAAGAGGGAACGCAAGUUAUAAUUUCUUUGAGUGUCACACUCUGAAGUUGAAACAUUUUUAUAAGAAUGAAAACUGUUCCCUAAAUGUGUAUAUGAUUUCCUCUCGGUUCAACUGUGUCGUUUCAGUUGCUUUCGUGCUUCAGUUCUUGUUUUCUGGGUCUACAACUAGUUUUCAUUUAAUUUUAUUGCUGUUUACCACCAGCCGCUCGGUCGGUUUUUUCGCUAUAAUGGCUGACCCUUGUUUAAUUAUGCUAAGCCGACACGCGGCAACUUCAGUCGGCGUGCCUUGCGAUUGACAACCUGUCACUCCUGGCCUUUGAAUGGCUUUUUGGGUUAACGUCACUAGUAAAUAAUAUUCAGUGAAUGUUUUAUCAAAAGAGAGAGCAAUUAUUCGCUCUAGUUAACCCGUUAUGAGCGGAAUUAAUUUCAUAUUUUUGUUUUUUAUUUUCCUGUGUGGACUCUGCGCUUUGGAGUUGUAUGGAUGCGAAAUAUGCGCCUGUCUACAUUUCACGAGGUCCAGCAGGUGUACGCAUGAAAACGCAGCUUUAUCAAUAAAGCUUCGUUUAUAAAGCGGGUAAAACCGGGCCUCAACACUACACACAAAGCUGUAAACAAUUGUCCGCAGGAAAAUUUAAACGCAAUUAACUCUGACGCAAAUUUAUUUUGACAUUAAGGCUACUGUGAAAGUGUUCUGUUGUACCAUGCUGAUUUAAAUUUCUGCUAAAAGCGAAGGUAGACAGGGUGACUCCAGUUUACAGCAGGCUUUGCACGCAAAAGAGUCAUUUCGCUGUCGGACAAGGACAAUUGACUUUGGAGUUAAGAACUUUACCUUGGCCCGAAGGCAGAAAUAUUUCGACCAUGAAGUAACCUCGACUUUGUUGACGUUGGAGCUUGAAACGCGCUCCCUCUCCUCCUCUUGUUGAUCAGCCAUUAUCGGCUUUUGAAAACACACACUUUCCAGUCGGGCUGCUAAAUACUUGUUGAUGUGUUUAUUAGGUUUUCAUUAUUAAAUUGCACUUCACAGGUUCUCGCGACAGCAAUAAAAUUUUAACAGCCAAUUGUGAUAAACAGUUCAAGAAAUGUCCAAAACCUUAAAUUAACAACUCGCCAACGUGCGCGAUGUAAUAAGUUUACUUGCCGGCAUGAACUUCUUCCUCGGUGAUGUCGUUGUCAUAUUUUUUCUGCUUUUCUUUAUUGUCGCCGUUGUUUAUUCUUGAUUUAUUGCUUUUCAUGCUUGCCGCAGACAAAUUGUUUUUAACGUAAUAAACGUAGGGUUAUUAAAACCGUAAUAAACAAUAAAAAUCGUGCAAAAAUGACCCUUAAUGGCUUCAAAUAUGCAUUCGGUAAAUUUUUUUCAAGAUGACAGAUCUUCGACGUACUAUCGUCGAAAAUACUUUUCGACGUUUCAUUUAGUUCGUAAUCUCAAGUUGCGGUGAACCAAAUCCACACUUUUCCACGCGAGAACAGUUGCCGAAAGUUUCAAUAUCUCAGGCAAUAAUACGAAGCCAGUAGGCGGUCUGUGUUUAGAAAGUUUAAUAAGAAACGCAAACGGCUCGGCGUAUUCCAAAGGGAUGCAAAAAGGCUUUGGUUUAGCCGAUAAAAUUGAAAGCACACCGACAACUUUUGUCGCUUGUAUUUUUCCAAGAAUGCAUUUAAAGAAUGUAGGGAAUUUUCUUUGAAGUGUUUGCAUUUGGGUGAGACAGAAUGAAGCGUGUUAAGAGGCAGUUGCAGCCUCAAUUUUCUCUGUUUCGUGGCCAAUAAUUUACUCAGAACUGUUGACCUCUCGCGUUUUAUUGGUGGAAAGUCGGCCUGGCUCAUUGUUCCAGAGAUUAAUAGCCGCUGACAGCUUCAAUUGGUCCAACUGUUGCGCGUUAAUACUGUAUACCGGAAAAAAUUCGCCAUUGAGCACAUCCGUCUCGAUGAAAGCGUGUUGAUUUGUGACUCGCGUGCGUUUGCAGGAUGGCUUUCGUCUUUCCCGAACGCCGAGGAAGUUUACAAAAGUUCGUGAGCACGCGGGUGCACAGGCGAAAAAGCGAACUUUAUAAGACCAUAACAAACAUUUGUACAGUUAUUCAAGAACUGUUGAAGCAUGUUGAAGCCCUCGAGCCACGAUUUAUUUCGUCUCUGAAGCUCGUGGAUGGUAGAUACCGAGGUGUUCGGGCAUUAUCUCCUCGCAGCUUCGAAGUUCAUUUGUACCUGAACCAGAUGGGAGUUUUUAAUUUCAUCGAUGAGGCCUGUCCACCGGGCUGCGCCAUGUUGAAACUAAGUGACGAGCGUAAGCGAUCCAUGUCUCUUUGGACUGAGUUUAUAACGGCUUCUGGCUAUCUGUCCGCCAGAAAAGUUCGCUCAAGAUUCACAUCUUUAGUCGCAGAGGCCAUUCGACGUGGAGAACUUCAGAAUCAAAUUCGAAUCAACGUAGAUAAUCAUUUCUCAGCGAAGCUUACAGUCUUGGAACGUUAUACCGUAGAGCUCAUUCCGGCAUUUCGCUGCGGUUCUAUUUGGCCUCAAAAUGGAUGUUGUUGGCCGAAUCACGAAACCCUUUGGCCUGCACAGCCGGUGAUAGCCGGAAUUAAACUGCGGGGGUUUUCUCUUUUAGCCCGAGAUCCCUACCCCAGCGUCAAGGGCGCUGGUUCUGAGGGUGAUGCGUGGCUUUUGAGCUUUAACGAUGCCGAAGAAAUGCUCUUUGCUAGCGCCGGGCGAAGGCUCUGCCUUAGCAUGUUGAAAACCUUGUACGAUAAACACCUGGACUUACCGGGGAAACCCUUGGAAUACGUGCAUCUGGUUAUGCUACUCCUUUAUGAGUGCGAGAAACAUCCCAGGGAAACAGAGUGGACCGAAGAGGCACUCGUUGAUCGCAUCAACGGCAUUCUUCUGCAGCUCGUGUCCUGUCUACAGUGUCGUAAAUGCCCGCACUUCUUUCUCAAGAGUGUAGACUUGUUUAGCUGUAAGCCUAAACAGGCCCUGGACAGCGCCGCUAAACAGGCCUGGAGCAUUGCGCGUGAUAUCGCCACGAACCCUGCAAGUUUUGACACCCUCUGACACAUCAGGCUGUAAGGAAUGCUUCUAGGCGUGUAACAAUUAAUUAAGACGUCUAACCUUGGACAAAGCGUCAAGGGUUGCUUCCAGUAUCUUAAAUUUGGCGAAUAUAUAUAUAUAAUUUCCUUUUGGAGGCAGAUAAAGAACUGUUUUUGUCCCAGGCAUUGAAAACCAGAUGUCUUAGUUUAGUCUACGGCGUCUAUAAAAAAAAUAUAUUUAUAUAUUUCCGCUUUUGAGCAACAUUCGCUCGUUUCCAUUGUUUUUGUUAUCUUUUUUCUUCAUAAUUUAUAACUCGUCGUGUUUUUAGGUGGUCUAUAGUUCUAUUUUAUGGCAAAAAUAUCGCUGAGUUUGAGGCAGGCGAAAGGAGGGGAACCUGCCAAGCCACAAAAUUUCGUUAUUAAAAGAUAAGCUCGAAUUUCAAGAUGGCCAAGUGGUGUUGUAGUCUACGUCUAAGACAAGAGUUUCACUUUUUAUUUUUAGAUUGAAAGUUUAUAUUCUUAAAAUCAUUCCUCAGAAUAGAAUCUUCGGCAAGACGACUGUAAGUUAUCUUUUACUGCUUAUUGCUUUGGAAUUUUUGUUAAGCAUCGAAAGCGUGAAAAUUUGCUUUCUUGACAUUGAUGAAUAUUUUUUUAAGUAAAACUAGCAGUUACUUGUCAACGAAAUAAAUUUAACUAUACUAUCCGCGUUUGACUGUUGGCUAAUGUAGCAACAAGUUAGUUAAUGGGGCAAAAAUUUUAGACGUGCAGGUGUAUCUCUCCAGUUUUGCUUUAUAAUGGCAAAAAUUCGUUUCUAAACAACACCUUAGUGUUAAUGUUUCACGACAUUUUACUUUAUCGUCGAAGCGAAAAUGCAGUUGCGAGGUUUUAGUACUUAUUGUCGGUAGACUUUUAUCUUCAGGUUUUUCUGCGACGUUUUCAUAGCUUGUUAAGUGAUUCAGUCUGUCCAAGUCUCGAUGCUGACUCAAAAGUGAUAUAAUUCUGGCCUAAACCCUUUUGGUAUUGUCCAUAUAACUUGCAGGAUCGAACAUGGCUGUGUUGAUAGUAUGAAAUUUGUCCUUGUACGUUUUAGAGUGUUAUUUUCUAAUUGCUAGCAAGUCUUAAUCUUGGAAUGGAUUUAAUAUUGGUCGAAGAGCCAUUGAUUGCUAAACUGACAGCCUUCAUCCUGAUAUGUGGAGCUAUUUUUAUAUAGUUUUCGUUUCAUCCUUUUCCCAUUAGCUGAGGUUAUUGUAACCGUUAAAUGUUGUCCUUCAGUAGCACGUUAUAAAAUUUAGUGUUCUCUCGACUGAGGCCAUAAACUACUGUAUUUAGUUAUUAUAUAUAGUUGUUCCUACUAUCUAUAGUUUUUUUGGGGGGGAGGGAUAUUUUAUAUCUCUGAUGAUGCCGUGGAUCGGCGAAAGCUUGCAUGGAGCAUGGAUAACAUGUAUACAGUAGGCCUCACUCGAAAGAACAUUAGAUGAGGUCAUCGGGCUUUGGUCUUGACAAAGUUAUGUAAGCUUACUCUCCCAGUGUCUGUCCCCUCCCAGGUGUACAAAUUGGCUUCGACGAAUUGUUUAGGGCAACCUGAAAUAAAGGCUGGGAAGUGACCUGCGAUAGCAUCCCAUCAAGGGGGGGUAAACGCUUUCUGUGCUAAAGAAACCAGAGUAAAGUUAUGAUUUUCGAUCUGUAGUAUUCACCCGUGAAAGAGAUUCGAAGUAAAUGUUAGUUUAACGUUCACUAAAGCUAGGCAUCCAAGAAAUGACCUGCAAAUUAGUUUGACACGGGUUUGACACGGGUUUGAGUUAACUGUGACAUCAAAUUCGAGGCAGUUCGUUUAUAGAUUUUUCAAAUGCUUUCAAACCUCUUGUCAUUUUGCAGAGGUAUUUGUCUCAUCAGCUGAAGUGUCAUUUGCUUGGUUGUCCUUUUCAUGACCCUCUCUCGUGUGGCUUGUUCACGUAGCGUGAUAUUUCUUCAAGUUCUCUUCGGUUAGAGUUUCUUGUAUUGAUUGCAACUGAGGCUAAAGCGGAAAACUGGUUCAGAUUAUUCUUUAUUGUUGAGGACCUUUGCGCAGUUAAAAAUAUUCUGAGCGUGUUUUUGGCCCUAUGUCCGCAAUACUGCUUAGGGUUCAAUACAGUGGAGUGUUGUUAAGACGUCGGAAAAAAAAACCCCUAAAAAAAGAGAACAUGACAAUCUAAAAAAAAGAUCAGUACAUAAAAAUGACGAACUGGCCGUCAGUGGACUUGCUCGCAAAAGACACGUGUUUUUCCACUCGAGUUAAUAAGACGACUGAAAUAGUUUUGUUUUUUGUGGAGCGGGCGAAUAUUAAUUUUCCGCCGCUUUAAUGAGAAGUCUUCCCCAAUUAAAGGACGCAGUCUUAACAUGCAAAUACACCAGCCGUAGACAGAUGUCAAAUAAAGUCUUGGUGAAGAGAAAAUAAUUCUUAACUUGUGUAAAUAUUGACCAAACGCGGUUUAAUUAAACAAAGACAACUUGCUCACGAAAACCAACUUAACAGGCCACUUUUAGCCUCACAUCGUGUCAAUAAAACCACCAGAAAUUUGAAGAGGUGAAAAUUCUUUGAAGUGGGUUUUUGAUGAGGGCUUUGUUCGUUUCUGUUGAAAGGCAAUAAAACAUGCGAUAAGCAGGUUUAACUCACCAUGGGUUUAUAGCGGUGAUGUUGCUUAGUUUUAAUCGGGUUAAGUUUCUUGUCUUAGCUUGUGUGAAGCUCAUUUAAUAGUUGUUGCCUGGGCGAAUGAAAUUGUUUUAUUUCCAGCAUUUGAGUGUUCUGAGUCACUAGAGCUCCAAGCAAACCGAGGUCUUCUAAUAUUGUUUUAACUUUCUCUUAAUUUCACGUUAGGUGAUCAUUAUCCCCCUCCUUUAUUCACGAGUUUUUUUUGCCCGACGUAGCAAUUUCAACUGUGUCUUUUAAUUUCCAAACUGAAUCAAUUAUGUAGGAUGGAUGUACCUAAAAAAAGCUUAAGAUAGCAAAAACUUGCAAAAUAUUACUUCUGACAUGAAAGCUUGGGAGUCGAGAUGAAGCGCGCGCCUUAAGGCUUCUGCGUAAGGUUUAUUGCCAGCAAAUCUUGCAAAAUGAAGGAUUUCGUAUUUGCGUGCGCGUUUUUCAGCGGGCCUUGCUAACAAUGGUUUCUGCUGACCUCUAGCAGAGGAUGUUGAAGAAAAUAGAGAUUUGUACUCGUGUUUCCCAGCACUUCUAGCUGGGUUUGUGCUCAUGUUUGUCAACAAUUCUGGCAUAACAAGGUUCUCAGUAGCAAACGAAGAUUUGUACGCGGAUUUUGUGGCAAUUCUAGUAAACGUCUCAUGGCAAAUCCAAUAAAUGAGGGUUAGCGCAGUUCUUUGUUAAAAACACGCUAGAAUACAUGUGUGUGUACUUUACCAGAAAGCUUUUUAAAUUACAUUAUCACUUUUGAAUUGCAUUCCGUACUUCCUAUACGUCAAAAAGUUAGUAAUCACCAAAACUGUUCAACUUUCUGAGCGUAGAACGGAAAUUACUGCAAUAUGGUACACGCUCUCGCUGUAAUACGACCUUCUUCAAUACACAAAGCGGAAGACGAAAAUUGAAUUGCUUUCAUUUACACUUCAUCU